AUGGCAUCUGGCAAACCCUCUGAAAACCAAUUCACCCUACGCACUCACCGAACUGGUGACAUGGGCUAUAUCACACAUCGUCACGCCAUCAUCUACGAAAAACAAUACAACUUCGACACCCGAUUCGAGCCUUUGAUAUCAAGAAUCACAGCAGAUUUUCUCGACAACUUCAAUCCAAACCUUGAGCGCUGCUGGAUUGCCGAGAACAAUGGCGAAUUCCUCGGCUGCAUCAUGCUAGUUCGAGAUAAGAAACCAAAAACAGCAAAACUUCGACUUCUUAUAGUGGAAGAGAGCGCACGAGGUCUCGGCGUUGGAACCGCUUUGAUCCAAGCUUGCAUCGACUUUGCUAAAGAGGCUGGUUUCGGCCUUGAUGUCAGGCCUAGAACCAUCGCCGAUCUCAACUAA